AUGAAUAUAAUCGCGGAUGUCGUCCCAGAAAACUACACAAUCAUAAAAGAGGAUAUAUCAUCGGUUUGUCGUUGCUGCUUAGCCUCGGAAGAGUUAACGGAAAUUUUCCAAAAUGGACUGGAAAUUAGUGCAGAAUUGGUGGAAUUUAUAUCUGUCUACAUCGAAGUGGACCAGAACGAUGGUCUUCCGAAUUACGUUUGUAGCGCCUGUGUCAGUUCGCUCAGGAAGUGGCACCAGUUUCGGUUGAAAUGUAGUGAAUCUUAUCAACUGCUGGAACGGCUGAAGGAAUGUGGAGUGGAAACAUUGGAGGAAACAGAGGAAAUUUGUGUGGACUCGGAGCUAAUCGUACAUGGCGUUAAGAUCGAACAGGUAUACCUUGGUAGAGAAGCGAUAUGCAUUGAUAAAGAACAUGAUUCGUUGAAUGAAGAUGAUCAAAUGAUAGAUUCGAUUACUGAAGAGGAGCGUUUCGAAACAAUGCACGGAUUGCUCGAUACAAAACGGCCCAAUAAAAAGGAUAAUGGUGAGAAAAUAAAUAAUCGAAAAGGGAUUAAAGAAGAUGCAAAAAAGCGCUACAAUUACCUUCGUCAGUGUCCGAUCUGUGGGAUAGUAAUGAAGCGAGGUUUGAAGGAACAUAUAAUGGUUCAUAAUGAUCCUACGGGAAGACCAUUCAAGUGUGAUAGCUGCGACAAAACCUAUUGUAGGAAGGAGAACCUCAGACAGCACCGCGAGAGAGAACAUUUGCUGAUUCGAUAUCCGUGUGAUGUGUGUGGUAAAGUUUUCAGCACCAAAGAUAUUCUUUCUGUCCACCGGAAGCUACACAACGCGGAUGUCCAAUACAAAUGUGACCAGUGUGAUCAAGUCUUCAAUUCGAACAAAUAUCUCUACAAGCACAAGCAGAAACAUCGGGGGAUCAAAAAGUUUGUUUGCUCGUUCUGUGGCAAAUCUUUUCUUGUGGGAGAAUAUCUCAAGGACCAUCUUCGGAUUCACACAGGGGAGAGACCAUUCGAAUGUAAGCUUUGUGGGAAAGGAUUUAGAACAGCGAAUCACCUUCGACAACAUAAUCGGACACAUCAAACGACGGUGUCGGAUACUAGAGAUAAAAAUGAUCAGCCAGAAUGUUAA